CGUUUCCGGUCAAAAUUACAAAAAUGUCCGCAUACGGAGGGAAACCAGUAGAGGACCAUAGAAGAAAAUGGGACAAAGCAGAAUAUGAGAAAGUUGCCAAGGAGCGUUUGGAGAAAGAAGCACAGGCACUCCUAGAUGAAACCUUGGGCAAAAAAGAAAAGCCAGUUAAAAGAGAACUCCUAAAGCCAAGAGAAUACAAGGUUGAUCUUGACUCUAAAUUGGGGAAAUCAUCUGUCAUAACAAAAACUACACCAUCGUCUCAACAAGGAGGGUACUAUUGCAAUGCAUGUGACUGUGUCGUCAAGGAUUCCAUUAACUUUCUUGAUCACAUCAAUGGCAAAAAACAUCAAAGAAAUCUUGGGAUGUCAAUGAGGGUAGAAAGGUCAUCACUAGAUCAAGUAAAGAAACGAUUUGAAGCCAAUAAAAAGAAGAUGGAAGAGAAGAAAAAGGAUUAUGACUUUGAGGAGCGAAUGAAAGAGUUGAAAGAAGAGGAAGAAAAACAAAGAGCAUACAGACGAGAAAAACGUAAAGCCCAAAAAAGAAAGGCAGAUGACACAGAGACUGGUGGUAAUAUGGACCCAGAUAUGGCUGCUCUCAUGGGUUUCUCAGGGUUUGGAUCAUCAAAGAAAUGAUGUUUCAAAAGACAGUUUAUGUGUUUAAUUUGUGGAAUAAUUUUAGUACAAUUGUAUGUUCCAUAUUGGAGCACAGGGAUAUAUGUGUUGUACUUAUACUUAUUGAGAAAAACAGGUACAGGUGGAUAAGCUUUCUAUAAUGGCUUGAUUCAUGAAUAUGAGAAUUGUAUUAUAACUCCAUACAUGGAUAGGAUGAUUGUACCUUGACUCCCUAUAUUAAUGAGGAUUGAAUUAUUGUUCCAUACAUAGAUAUGACUCCAUCCAUGGGUAUGAGGAUUGGAUUGUGGCUCCAUCCAUGGAUAUGAUGAUUGUACCAUGGCUCCAUUC